AUGGAGCUCCAGUUGUUUAAUAUCACCUCAGAUAGCAGUUUCAACGAAACAUGCAGCAUACUAUAUCGGCGAAGACCUGCUUUUAACUAUUUGGGCGCAUUCGUUACGAUAGUUCUGUGUUUCACAGCAGUUCUGGGUAACCUGGCAGUUGUAUUUGCUUCACUUUGGAACCAAGUGCUCCGAAGCCAGCUUAGCAACGUCCUUUUAGUGUAUCUAGCAGUGAUUGAUGUAGCAACUGGACUCUUCAUCAUGCUACCAUCUGCUAUAUCGGUUGCCAUCGACUAUUGGCCUCUUGGAGAUAUCAGCUGCAGAUUCCACGCAGGGCUGAGCUACAUGUUUGCAUGUACUUCAUCAUUUGACCUCGCUUUCAUCAGCUUGGAUCGGGCAUUAGCUGUGAUGAGACCUCUGCAAUACCCAACUUUUAUGACUGCAAAGAUAAUGGUAUGGAUGGGCACAUACCUUGUCAUCUUAGGAAUUUCCUUGGCUACUUCUACAGUUGUUUUUGAUUGGACCGCUUAUGAUUAUGCUGAAGGGGUUUGUGCGUACGACUGGAAGAACGAAGAAGUCCCAAAAGCUACAACAUGUGCUGAUGGUAAUGCACGACCUCGCCAAACUGGCAUUGUUGUGGAGCAUCUUGAUGACCACGGUUUGGAACGAAUAGAAUGCUCAGUUCGAUCUCCAGAGCUGAAUCCGAUAGAACAGCUUUGGGUCUAUCUUGACAGACAAGUUGCUGCUUUAAACCCUCCCCCAAGGUCGUUACAUGAAUACCAAGCCUGCUGGGAGUUCAGUGAUAAGGAUAAAUGCAUUACAAGACUCAAUGAUGAAGAAAAGUGGCUGAUGUAUGUGGUUAUUCGGCAGGCAAUUUGCAAUUUGUAUAAGCCCGAAACAGUAGAGGUGGUACUCAGCAGUACAAUUGAGAUUGAAAAGUCUUCGGAAUAUAAAUUCCUACAUCCAUGGCUUGGCACAGGAUUACUUACCAGCAAAGGAACAAAGUGGAAAUCUCGAAGGAAAUUCCUCACACCUGCGUUUCACUUCAGGAUGCUUUCAGAUUUUUUUCCAGUGUUUAACGAACAAUCUACAGUGCUAGCGGAUAAACUAGAGGUGCUCAGUGGCCACGAUUCCUGUGUUGAUAUAGUUCCCCUUAUCAAGAUGUGCACUUUAGAUAUCAUAUGUCAAACAGCAAUGGGAGUGCACAUUAAUGCUCAGAGUGGAGGAUAUAGAGACUAUGUCAAAGCAGUUUACGAGAUUGGCGAAAUAUUUUUUCAUCGUAUUCUUAGGCCAUGGCUCUGGAACGAUAGAAUCUUUUAUCGGUCACCCACAGGGCGCAAAUUUCAGUCAAACCUGGAAAAAGUUCAUGGAUUUACGAAAAAGAUUAUCCAGGAAAAGAAAAAAUGCUUUCUGAAAACACGAACUAAGAAAAGAACAUCUAAUGUGAAUCGUGACGAGGAUAGUCUAAUAUAUGAGGAUAGACGAAAAGUAUUCUUGGAACUGUUAUUGGAUCAUCAUUUUGAGGACCAAUCCUUUACUGAAGAGGAUAUAAGGGAUGAAGUAAACACGUUUAUGUUUGAGGGUCAUGACACUAGCUCAAUUGCAAUUUCCUGGGCUUUGCAUUUAUUAGGUUUGAAUUCAGAUGUACAAGCUCUUGUGCACCAAGAAUUAGAUGAUAUUCUUGGGAGUAAUGUCAGCGUUCCUAUAACUCGGGAAGAUUUGUCAUGCAUGAAGUAUUUGGAAUGCGUUAUAAAAGAAGCCCUUCGCUUGUAUCCAUCUGUUCCUUUCAUUACUAGAGAACUCAGAGAAGAUAUUCAAAUCUUGGACUAUAAGCUUCCUGCUGGCACUGUUUGUUUAAUAUUCCCCUGGAUAAUGCAUCGGGAUCAAGAACUUUUCCCAGAUCCGGAGCGCUUUAAACCAGAUAGAUUUUUCAUCGAAAAUGCAGUUCGUAGGCAUCCUUAUUCGUAUAUUCCGUUUUCUGCUGGACCACGAAACUGCAUUGGACAAAGGUUUGCCAUUAUGGAAGCGAAAACAAUUUUGGCCAACCUUCUGCGAAGAUUCCGUGUUACCUCACUUGAUUCAAGUGACAAAGUUAACGUCAUACCAGAUCUUGUUAUACGGAAUGUGGAGCCUCUGAGAAUGCGGUUUAUACUUAGAUAAGUUUUAACAUUAGAAGUUAAAACGUCAACAAAUAAUUACAAAGUAUGAAGCUAUGCCUUAAUACGUGGGACGUUCUCAAAAACGUGCUAACUAUUUGUACGAAUUUAACUGAAUAAAAUUU